AUGCGAGCACUGCGAUUAAUGAACGAACGCCUCAAAGUAGAUUCAGAAGGGCGAAAUGAUGGCACUCUCUAUGCUAUAGCCACAAUGGCCGUUAUCGAGAAAUGGUCGAAAGAUGCAUCUAUCGAGCAGAUGCAUUUUAGGGGACUCGCUGCAAUGGUCAGGAACAGAGGGGGUAUACAGGGCAUCCAUCGUUCGAGUCCAUUUCUAAAGAAAGUGUUGUUCUGGGUUGAUUUUAGCUGUGCCCCAAAGGCUAUUGUUGGGACUGCUCUUCCUUGGACGAGCGUUUUUCCUGAUGUACCACCAACUGGCUUCGACUUUGUCAACCCUGAUUUGCACCUUGCCAUCCCUCAUGAUUUGACAGCGUCUGAAAACUCAGAGGUUUACUGUGACCAGUUCCGCGCCUGUGAAGACUUCCUUCGCUUUUUCCGUCAUCUGCACGCACUAGAACGUGCUGCAUUGGACUCUCCCUCCACGUUAGCAUCCACGAAAACUCAACGCCACAAAAGUUUCAUUCCAGGAACAAAGCUGCACUCCAUCAUUGCUUACCUUCCCGAUUACGACCACGGCAUCCGCGAUAUUCGCUUCAUUGACGAAUACACCUGCAUAACCUGCCUCCUCUUCCUCGCCAUCGCCCUUCAUCACAGCUACUCUACCUCUUCACCCUUUGGCCCGUACUUGGAGUGGCUUGAAACUGAAGUGGACUCGAUAAACCCAUAUGGGAAUCCCAGCAUCACGUCGAUUCUGUGGCUUUUCCUUCAGCAUGGCGGAUUUAUUGCCGGGGAACAACCACCAUGCGACAUGGGUGCGCGCUGCUGGGUCGUCUCGCGUAUGGUCCGAAUAGCGAAGCGUCUCGAGUGGGCACGCCACGGCAAGAUCUGGGAUUCCCUCCGCCAGGUUCUUACUGAUUUCAUAAUUACUCAGCAAGAGUGUGCUCUUGGCGAGGAAACCGUUGAUGCAGAGGCGCUUGCUGCAAGGGCACGGAGGAGAGAUGCCCACGGGGCGAGCGAGUAUUUCUGGGAUGAGGAUGAGUUGCGGAGGGAGAUAUUGGAGGCCAAGAAUCCGGUUCAGGCGGAUUUAGGACGGGUUUCAGAUGCUUCGGUCGAAGAUUCAAAUACACCGAUUUUGACGUAG